AUGGAGGGAAGUUUGUUUGGGCUCCUUCAAAUGACGAAGAAAGUCCGACUGACCAAUCACCGGGCCCCUGGGAAGGAGCGCCAAGGAAAACGCAACUCUUGGCACACGAACCUAGAUCGAAACUUGAAAUCCGACGCCUGGCUGCUGGACUCUCUCAGCGAUCAAAAGCACAUCGACGACGAGCCACGUUUUGAGGUCGAUCAAACACAGUCAAGGUAUAUGGGUCGCCUUCAGGAAUACCAGGUCAUCGGGCGGUCGCUGCCCACCGACGCGAACCCGACGCCCAAGCUGUACCGCAUGCGCAUCUUCGCACCCAACACCGUGGUGGCCAAGUCGCGCUUCUGGUACUUCCUGUCCAAGCUGCGCAAGCUCAAGAAAUCCACCGGCGAGGUCGUGUCCCUCAACGUCAUCCACGAGAAGCGGCCCCUGAAGGUCAAGAACUUUGGCAUCUGGAUCCGAUACGACUCGCGCUCCGGCACGCACAACAUGUACAAGGAGUACCGGGAGAUGAGCCGCACCGAUGCCGUCGAGGCGCUGUACCAGGACAUGGCUGCCAGACAUCGUGCCCGAUUCAGGAGCAUCCACAUCCUCAAAGUCGUCGAAAUCACCAACCCCAACGAUGUCAAGCGACCAUACAUCAAGCAGCUGAUCACGCGCAACCUCAAAUUCCCGCUCCCCCACCGCAGCAGCCUCCAGAAGAAGCUCUUCUCCUCCAAGAGACCUUCCACAUUUGCUUAA